GUAAUCUUUUGCCAAAAAAAAACUCAACAAAUACCAAAACUUAAAUACUAAAUACAUCCAAACUUGUUACACAUAUUUCUCUCUCUCUCUCUCUCUCUCUCUCUCUCUCUCUCCAUGAUUCCCCACCUUUCCUCCAGCUCAGAACAAUCACAAUUUCCUGCCAAAAUCUGCUUUACUCUAUCAUUCAUAUCAAUCAAAUCACAGAGGCAAAAAACCUGCUAAAAUCGCGUUUUUGAUGUUGAAGUGUACCUGAUGCCGGCUAUAGAGGAUGCCGGCGACGGAUUGCCGUCUACGGCGGAGAAAACCCUGUUCGGAAAAUACGAGGUCGGUCGUCUCCUUGGCUAUGGAGCCUUUGCUAAGGUGUAUCACGCGCGUGAUGUGCAAACGGAGAAGAGUGUGGCAAUUAAAGCUAUCAACAAGCAGAGGAUUCUGAAAGGAGGCCUUGCUGCCAACGUCAAACGCGAGAUCUCUAUCAUGCGCCGGCUGCGCCACCCUAAUAUCGUGCGCCUUCUCGAAGUGCUUGCCAACAAGAAGAAAAUCUACUUUGUAUUGGAAUUCGCAAAAGGAGGCGAGUUAUUUGCCAAAGUUGCCAAAUCACGUUUUAGCGAGCAUCUCAGCCGUCGAUAUUUCCAGCAACUCAUCUCAGCCGUUGGUUACUGCCACUCACGCGGCGUCUUCCACCGAGAUUUGAAGCCGGAAAAUCUCCUCUUGGAUGAGAAUUGGAACUUGAAAGUAACCGAUUUUGGAUUAUCAGCUCUGACGGAGCAGAUCCGACCCGACGGACUCCUCCACACGCUUUGCGGGACCCCUGCUUACGUGGCACCGGAGAUUUUGUUGAAGAAAGGUUACGAUGGUGCAAAGGUGGAUAUCUGGUCCUGCGGCAUCAUCUUGUUCGUCCUCAACGCAGGUUAUCUUCCGUUCAACGAUCCGAAUCUAAUGGUGAUGUAUAGGAAAAUUUACAACGGUGAAUUUCGUGUUCCCAGGUGGACGUCGCCGGAUCUGAAACGGCUUAUAUCACGUCUCCUCGACACGAAUCCUCAAACGAGAAUCACCGUGGAUGAAAUAAUCAACGAUCCUUGGUUUAAAAUCGGUUACAAAGAGGUCGAAUUUCAUUGCGAUCAUCUCGAACUGAAAGACGACGAGGAUGACGGCGAUUCCGCCACAUCCACCUCCACCAGCGACAAUCUGAAGGUAAUGAACGCAUUCGAUAUAAUCUCCUACUCGUCCGGCUAUAACCUGUCUCGGCUGUUAGAUGAUCGAGAGGUCGGAGAACGUUUUCUUUCCAAGGAUUCGCCGGAGAAAAUCAUUGAGAAGGUGGUUGAGGUAGCGGAGGGGGAGAAUUUGACGGUGGUUACGAGAAAAGGGUGGUGUGUGAAAGUGGUAGGAGGGUAUAAUUGUAAUUUUGUAAUGGCGGUGGAGAUAAAACGAUUGACGGAAGAGCUGGUGGUAGUUGAAGUUAGGAGAAUAGAGAGUGAGGUAGGACCCGGUCAUCAAAUAUGGAAAAAUAAAAUUAAACCGGGUUUAAAUAAUUUGAUAUAUAUAACCGGACCCUCCGGUUCUCGGUAACUCACUCGUAUUCAGUUAUUGGCCAUUUGGCCCCAUUGGCAUUGUUCCCUUCUCGUUCCUUUCCAAAUAGUCUUAAUCUUUAAUUUUUCAAAAUUUAAACAA